CCAGACUGUAGCCAAUUGAAAUAGUUGAACUAGGUGAUCUAACUCAGAGCAGCGGUACAAGGGGUUGUUCAGUCGGAUGUGAGAGGCCGCAGUAGGUCUGUCUUUGAUACCCGAGGGUAGUUGCUGCACCGUUAUGGCCUCGCGCGUCGCCUUGAUUCGCGCCUGCUAUACCACAACUACACAGUAUCUGCGCUUCUCUUACCUUCAACACUCCGACUCUCCUACAAUCCAAGUCUUCGCCCAGAUUGGCAAGCCACUCCCGGAUCAAGCCUGAGAACCGCAAUGCAAAUCAGCAUGGACUCGCAGGACGAUUCGGACAGUCCGGAAUCCAUCGAGGACACUUCAGACAGUCAGGGCUCCAUCGAGGAGGUCCCAGAGAGGUGGCGGUAUCUGGAACUUUGCUGCCAAAUAUGCGGUGUGAGUUUCAAUAUCAUAGAGGGAUACAAUGGCCACCGCAUUUCCGCGGACGAGAUGAGGGCAUGCACUACCGCCCAGUUCCUUGUCUCUAAACGGCUGUUGUGGGACCCUGUGUGGCAUCCCGACCCGGAUGACGAGCAGUUUGAAGGCGGUGAACACUUUCUGAGUGGCCUCUCCGAUCGAGUCCCAGAAGUGAAUCACCGUCAUCGACCCGACCUAUGGCCACGACGCCAAGGAAUACCUCACGUCCCUACAUCAAACUAUCUCUGGAGCCGGGAAUCUGCGGACGUGGUCUGUAUGCCGUUUCAUCCCUAUUGUCUAGAGGUCUAUAAAAGGGCAAGCCUACGGCGCUUCGACACGUUAGGCAUCGGACCUUUGACUGAUUGGUAUCGCCUGGAGAAUAGCAUUAGGGGUUUCUUUUCAUUUCCAAGACAUCUGGCGGUAUGGCGAGGAAGAGGGGACACAUGGCAGCAUCACUCCGGUGAUGAAUGGCUAGCCGCGAAUCCAUGCUUUAUCCCUUCGCUUCCGCCGCUGUUGGAGUCUUGCAAGUUUCCGGAAACGACUGUCCCAGACAGCCCUGGUAAUACAAGGUUGAACGAUUCACCACCUCACAACGUAUUCUCUCGCCUGCCUAUAGAGCUUCACCUUGAAAUCUUAUCCUACCUUGGGGGUCUGGAUGUUGCAAAUCUUGUUCAAUCCAGUCGAACUUUCUGGCUCCUGCCACCGUCCUUCUUCUACGGGCGUUUGCUGCAAGAAAUGCCCUGGCUCUGGGAAGCGUGGUGCGAUUUACCGUAUUCCUUCUGGGCUACGACGACCAGCGCGGAACAGGAGGCCGUAAGCCGAUACUGGGAAAGGCAGCGCUCUGAUCUUGCCGACUGGAGGAUUCCCGUGUUGCCAGCAUAUCUCCUGCCCAAGACUGAGGUGGAUUGGAGGCGACUAUUCAUAUCCAUUUCGCGAAACCUUCGGGAGAUCAAGGGUUUGCGAAACCGCGCAAGAAUAUGGGCGGAUUGUGAGUAUAUCCUAGAUAGGAUUGAG